AUGGCCAGUGUGUCCGAGGUCAAGCAGAGUUCGCAUGGGCCGAUUGCAGAAUACGAUCGCAGAGUGGAAUCGGGGCGGCUCCGGGACGACGAGCACCAGAGGACUAUCAUCCAGGCUCUGCAAGAUCUCCACGAUGCCUUGAGCACCUACCGUCGUCCGAAAGUCGUCAAGCCGACCAUCGCUUCGUUGACGCCGACGAAGAAAUCGUUCCUCGGAUCACUGCUGGGCAAGAGCAGGAGCAGGAGCAGGAGCAGGAGCGAGAGCGAUGGAGGCGUGCGAGACAUGAAGCCACGGCGUGAGUUGCCGAAAGGCGUGUACAUGUAUGGAGACGUGGGCAGCGGCAAGACGAUGAUGAUGGAUCUCUUCUACGACACCCUCCCCAGCAACAUCACGCACAAGACACGCAUCCACUUCCACAACUUCAUGCAGGACGUGCACAAGCAGCUGCAUCACAUGAAGAUGCAGCACGGCAACGACAUGGACUGCAUCCCCUUCGUGGCGGCCGACAUAGCGGCGCAGGCGUGCGUGUUGUGCUUCGAUGAAUUCCAGUGUACAGAUGUGGCCGAUGCCAUGAUCCUGCGCCGCCUGAUCGAGAGCCUGAUGGCGCAUGGCACCGUGCUGGUCACCACGUCGAACCGCCAUCCGAAAGAGCUGUACAAGAAUGGCAUCCAGCGCGAAUCCUUCCUCCCGUGCAUCGCCCUGCUCCAGGAGCAGCUGCGCGUGCUGAAUCUGGAUUCCACCACCGACUAUCGCAAAAUCCCGCGUCCGCCGUCCGGCGUCUACCACCAUCCCCUGGACCCGGCUGCGAAGCGACACGCCGAAAAUUGGUUCAAGUUCCUCGGUGAUUUCGCCCACGAUCCGCCCCAUCCUGAUGUGCAGCACGUGUGGGGUCGAGACAUCACCGUGCCAAAGGCCUCGGGCAAAGCUUGCUGCUUCACAUUCAACGAGCUCAUCGGCUCUGCCACCGGUGCUGCCGACUAUCUCGAGCUGGUGCGGCAUUACGAUGCCUUUGUGGUGACGGAUGUGCCUGGCAUGAACUAUCGAUCUCGAGAUCUCGCCCGCCGCUUCAUCACCUUCCUCGAUGCCGUCUACGAAUCGCGUGCGAAGUUGGUCUUGACCACUGCCGUCCCCCUCACCCAAUUGUUCAUGUCGCGAAACGAGAUUGACGACGUGAUCGAGGAGGCAUCUACAUCUACCGACGCUGCCAAGGCGGCGAAAAAGACAAAGCAAGGCAGCGACGUGGACGACGCGAUGCGCAUGAUGAUGGAUGAUCUCGGCAUGAACAUGGACUCCUUGAAGAAGAGCAGCUAUUUUACCGGUGAUGAGGAGGCCUUUGCCUUUGCUCGCGCCUUGUCUCGCUUGACUGAGAUGGGCAGUCAAGAGUGGAUCGAGCGAGGUCUUGGUCUGGAGGCGCUCGGUGGAAAGCAGGAUGCCGACACAUACAAAAAGGUGCGAGGCCAGUGGCGCCAGGACAGCUACUAA